UGGCAUUUCUCCCUACAGCUGUUCCUUUCAGAGCGUUGCCUCUCCUGUUUUCCUAUUGCCAUUCUCUCUGGCUCCUAAAAGGCUGGAAUAAGGAAGCCCCUUGUGGUGACUUCUAAAAUGUUGCUGCCUUCAGUCAGCUGAAAUAAUUAUAAUUGUUCAAAUUGCUCCUUAGGCACAAAAUAAGUGGAAUGUCUUCGGCCUGAGCUGACAAGCAGGAGCUGAGAUGGCCUACCUGGCUAAGAAAUGUGGCCUCCAGUUACAGCCACCUUCGAUUAUUCUCAUCUAUGAGGAUCAGCUCAAGAAUAACAUCCGCAAGCGCAUCAUGCCUGUUCGGAAUUUCUCCAGGUUUUCAGAUUGCAGCAGGGCAGCAGAACAGCUAAAGAAUAACCCUCGACACAAAGCUUAUUUGAAUGGAGUUUCACUGGAACAGCUACAAAAGUUACACCGUUUAUUGAGAUGUCACUUGGAGGGACAAAGUUUAACUCAGAGUUUGGAACAAAUUAAGCGAGAAGAAACAAUUGAUCCAGAAGAAGACCUGAACAAACUGGAUGACAAGGAGCUAGCCAAGAAGAAAAAAAUCAUGGAUGAGUUGUUUGAAAAGAACAGGAAAAAGAAAGAUGAUCCCGAUUUCAUCUAUGAUGUUGAGGUAGCAUUCCCACAGGAUGAAGAGCUUGAAGCCUGUGAGUGGGAUACAAAGUCAGAUGAGGAGUUUUGACCCAGACAUAUGCUCUGGCCUCAUGGUGUGUACAGUGUAGUCACCCUGGGAAUGAAAAAAAAAAAAAGCAAAAUAACAGGCCCGUGUAUUUUAGCAACAAAACUUGAUUUUGAAAGUCACUGUUUUAUCUUGCCAAAUUAGAUCAAAGUUUAUUUUUUAUAUCUUUAGCAUAUAAAAAUGUUGUUAACUUUGUUUUUUGAAACAUGACUAAACUCUAUUUUUAUUUACAA